AUGGCCCUGUACUGCGGCGACAACUUCGUCUACUCACAGCCCGCCACCGCCGCGGCGCCCGGUGCGCCCUCGACCUCCAGGGGACCCUACGGGCUGUCCGACUACGCCGCGCCGCCCGCCGCCGCCGCCAACCCCUAUUUGUGGCUCAACGGGCCCGGCGUGGGCGGCCCUGCCUCCGCUGCCGGCUACCUGGGCGCUCCGCCGCCCCCCGGAGCAGCUCCGGGACCCUUCUUGCAGCCACCAGCAGCUCCUGGUACCUUCGUGGGCACCCAGCGGGGUUUCGCGCAGCCCUCGGCUGCUGCUCCCGCCUCGCCCGCCGGCUCGGCAGCUCCAGGCGAUCUGAACUGGCUGUCGGUGACCAACCCCGAGGACCUGCUGAAGAUGGUGCGGCCGCCGUACUCGUACUCGGCGCUCAUCGCCAUGGCCAUCCAGAGCGCUCCGGAGCGCAAGCUCACCCUCAGCCACAUCUACCAGUUCGUUGCAGACAACUUCCCUUUCUACCAGCGCAGCAAGGCUGGCUGGCAGAAUUCCAUCCGCCACAACCUCUCACUCAACGACUGCUUCAAGAAGGUGCCCCGCGACGAGGACGACCCAGGGAAAGGCAAUUACUGGACUCUAGAUCCAAACUGUGAGAAAAUGUUUGACAAUGGAAACUUCCGUCGGAAACGAAAACGCCGUUCUGAGGCCAACAGCAACCUCACUGUGGCUUCAGGAACACCAAAAUCAGAAGGACUGUCCUCAAGACUAAGAGUGAGUGGGAAGCUGGAAGGAGACAGCCCCUCGUCUCUGAGGCCAUCUCAGUCCCCAGAGCCUACAGAAGGCACCAGCAGUACCUCCUCCUCUCCUGGAGCAUCCACACACAUCUCCACGCCGUGCCUCAACACUUUCCUCAGCACCCUCAACACUCUAAGCGUAAACCCCAGCAGCGUGAGUACCCAGCGAGCCAUCCCAGGCAAUCGCCGCCACCUAGGGGGCACCCAGCUGCCCUCCAGCGCAUUCCCCAACACCUCCAUCCCAGACAGUUCUCCAGACUCCAUGCAGCUGAGCACUGUGGGUGGAAGCAACCAGCUAUCUUCCUACUACAGCCCAUUUCCUGGCAGCAGCAGCGGGGACCAGAGUAGCCCCUUCAGCAGCGCCUUCUACAACUUUAGCAUGGUCAACAGCCUCAUCUACCCCCGGGAUGGCUCUGAUGUGUAA